GGAGCCCGGCAGGUAACACGCAGCUGUGUGGCGGCGGCACCAUGCUGGGCCUCUGGCUCCUGGGCUGCUGGGCUGUCUUGGGCGCUGCCUUCGCUGGGCAGGAAGGGGAGCUGAGCGGGGUGCAAGAAUCUGAGUUCUCUGACCAGGAUACUGCUCGCCUCACACUGAGCUGCACUUGUGGGAUACCAGGCUGUGGGAUCCCUGCCAACCCUCCUGAGGUCAGUGGGCUGUCCAGGGUGGUCAAUGGGGAGGACGCUGUCCCUGGCUCCUGGCCCUGGCAGGUGUCCCUGCAGUAUGAAGGCUUCCACUUCUGCGGUGGCGCCCUGAUCAGCGAGGAAUGGGUGGUCACUGCUGCCCACUGUGGGGUCACGACAGAUGACAAGGUGGUGGCGGGGGCGUUUAACCUGGAUCCUGAUGAGGAGGGCGUCCAGGUCUUGGACAUUGCAGAGGUGUUCCCGAAUGAGAAUUAUUUCAUUAGUGGUACUUACGACAUCGCGCUGCUGAAGCUGGCCACCCCGGCCCGCUUCACUGACACUGUGUCCGCCGUGUGUCUGGCCUGUAACGAGGCUGACUUCCCGCCAGGGACACCGUGCGUCAUCACAGGCUGGGGCCAGACCCAAUACGACGACCAUCAAAGAGCACCCACGCUGCAGCAGGCAGUGCUGCCCCUCGUGUCCACUCCUGACUGUCAGGAGAUCUGGGGUGACCAGGUCACAGAUGACAUGAUCUGCGCUGGAAGUGACGGGACCUCCCCUUGCAUGGGCGACUCUGGUGGCCCCCUGGUGUGCGAGAAGGGGGGAGUGUGGAGCCAGGUGGGCAUCGUGUCCUGGGGCAGCCGUGAGUGUGACGCCAGCAUGCCCGCUGUGUUCACCCACAUCACUGCGCUCCUCCCCUGGGUGAAGCAGACCCUGGCGGAAAACAGCCUCAGAGCUGCUCUGAACCUCUGAAUUCCUUCUUGCUCUGCUCCCCACCAAGCCUCAACAGAUUCAUUAACACCCA